AUGUCAUUACUGCAGGAUAUUAGCGAAAGGCUAUUGGUCCGUUCCCAGGAAGCAAUCUUACAAUUGGACGUUUGGAUUCAAAGGCAAAGGAGACUUCAGGAGCUGAUGGAAGGAGAAGAAGAACAAGAACAAGGUGGUGAUACUAAUACAAAUAUGGAUAUUAGAGGCACUCUACCGCAAUUCCUAGAACAGUACAAUACAUAUAUGGCACAGUUGAACUCACUGCAGGUCCGUGUCGAGUUCAUCAGGGACACCUUAGUAAAUAAGAAAAAUACAGGCAUUAGAAAUCAACAACUAGAAAGCAAUAACUCGGUAGAUGAACAAAAAUAUAUACAAGAUCUGGUUCACGAAUUUCAAGAUAUUACACAGAAAUUGAGUGAAUUGUCUACAGUGCGAAACCCUUCGACAGCAUCUUCAAGGAGUACCUCAACAAAAAGCAGCAUUGAGUCGUUCAAACCAAAACCGUUACGAAUUAUUUCUAGAAGUAAUACACACUCUCAUUUACACCAGCAAACUUCUUUAGAUAAAAAAGUGUCCUUUAAUGAAGACGAAAGCAACUCUUCAAUUUCACACUCCAGAUCUAUGGAGUCUCUGCAUGAAAAUUCAAAAUCAUUAAGAAAUACCAAAUCAAUGGAUGUCUUAAAACGUUCCACAUUUAAAAAUCAUUCAGACUUUAGUAAGCUGUUAAAUUCAAGGCAACGGCUUUCCAUUAAUAUAUUUGAUGAUGACCUUAUAGCCAAUGAAGAUGGCAAUGAAUUUUAUAAUCAAUAUUCGGAUUCGGAUCAGGCAACAGUGAUAUCUCAUGGUACACCUAUUAGAGGUGCAGAUACACCUUUACUUCGAAGGUACAAUUCUCAUGAAAGUAUAUUGUCAUUUAGAAAACCUACCCAAUCAAGGCAACCAAAUCAAAUUCUACCGUAUAGCUCCGUUAGACAACCUUCUAUGCAAAGCGUGGCUGUUAAUUCAAAUCCAAUUUUUUCUAGAAUGAGACCAAAUGCAACGUCAAAGGACCUCUUAUCAUCUUUCAUUAAUAAACCACAACCUAACCGUUUACAUCAGCAAAAACCUAAACCCAACAGCAAUUCAUUAUUUGGCAAGUGGAAUUUUUUUAAUAAAUUUAAUUCAGUGACAUCGGAGAUUGGAACAACGACCACUCAACUAUACCCAACGAAUUCUUCAAUGUCAAAUAAAUUUAAUCCAAAUGAUAUUCCAAGUUCAGCAUCCAUAAGGGAACCUGUUUUUGACGAUUCUCUACAUUUAGAGGACUUAAAUGAUGCAUUGAAUACUGAAUUAUUACUAUAA